AAGGAGCCCUUGGGUGCGGAGUAGGGAUCCUGGUGUUCCUGUGGGGGUCUCUGGGGCGUGGGUGAGGGGUCCCUGAGUGGGGUCUUUGGGAUGGCGAUGGGGUCCCUAGGGUGGUGGGGAUCACUGAGCCCCGCGUGCAGUCCCUGGGCCUCGAGGGGGCUCUCUGUGGUCCCUCAUCCCGGUCUCUCUCCCGCCGCGUGCAGGAUCUGCCCGUGGCGAGGCAGGAUGUGCCCCGCCCUGCUGGUGGCGCUGGUGGCACUGGUGGCGCUGCCUGCAGGGCUCCUUCCCUACGGCUUCCACAACUGCAUCCAGGCGCCGCGGGAUCCCGGGCUGUUCCGCUGCAUCCAGCGCUUCCUCAGCACCGUGGAGGCGGCGGUGGGCGACCUGCCCUCCACCGCCACGUCCCUCAACCUCUCCGUCAACAUCCUGCGCCGGCUGCCCCCCGGCGCCUUCGCCCGCCUGCCGCGGCUCCGCGUCCUCGACCUGACCCACAACCAGCUGCAGCUCCUGGCCCCCGGCGCCUUCUGGGGGCUCUCGGCGCUGGCCCACCUCGACCUGGCCAACAACAACAUUUCGGUGCUGGCCUCGGGCGUGUUCACCGGGCUGGGCAACCUGAGCACGCUGCGGCUGGACCGCAACCCGCUGCAGGAGGUGGCCCCCGGGGUGUUCCGGCCGCUGGCCGCGCUCAGCUCGCUGCGGCUGCGGGGCGGCCGGCUCCGCGCCCUGGAGCCCGUGGCCACGGCCGUGGGGAAUCUGACGCGCCUCGAGCUGCUCGACCUGUGCGGCAACGCGCUGGCGACGCUGGGCCCGGGACUGCCGCCCGCGCUGAGGGUGCUGCAGCUCUGCAACAACUCCCUGGCAGCUCUUUCGGGGGCCACCGCGGGGGUGGUGCCCGCAGGGCUGCGUGAGCUCGACCUGUCCUACAACAACAUCUCGGACCCCACGCCGCUGUCGGACCUGCGCCUCAACAACCUGACCACCCUCCGGCUGGCUGGCAACCCGCUGGACGUGGCGCAGGUGCUGCGCGUGCCCGGGGUCUCCCCGCGCCAGGUGGAUGUGUCAGGGCUCCGGGCGGGCACGGGCGGCCUGGAAUUCCUGUGCCAGCAGCUGACAGGACAGCGGCUGCAGUGGCUGCGGCUGCAGCACAUGGGGCUGGCGUCAAUGCCCGACGGGGCUCUGGCCGCGUGCCCGCUGCUGAGCGCCCUGGACGUGUCUGGCAACCGGCUGCGGAAAUUGGGCUGCGCGGGGCGGCUGCUGAACCCGGGGCAGCAAGCGGCGCUGCGCGAGCUGGUGGCCGAGCACAACUUGCUGCAGCGGCUGCCGUCGUGCAGAGGGGCCCCGGUCCUGCGGCAGCUGCAAAACGUGUCCCUGCGCUUCAACCGCAUCCUGGUGGCCGGCGCGGGUGCCUUCGACAACGCGCCGGCGCUGCGGCAGCUGCGGCUGGACGUGAACGAGCUGGCACGGCUGGACCGCGCGGCGCUGCGUGGGCUCGGCCAGCUGCAGCACCUGCGCCUUGACAACAACCUGCUCAUGGACCUGCUGCCCGGCUCCUUCGCCGACCUACACCAGCUGGAAGUCCUCAACCUGCGCAACAACCGCGUGGCUGUGCUCUUCCCCGGCGCCUUCCAGGGGCUGGACCGCCUGCAGACCCUUGACCUGGGCGGGAACAACCUGAAGCACUUGGCAGCCAAGGCGUUCCAGGGCCUCCCGCGGCUUCUCCGGCUUUACCUGGACCGCAACCGGCUGCUGGAGGUGAGGGCGGCCGCGUUCCAGCCGGUGCAGCUGACGCUGGGCGUGCUGGACCUGAGUGCCAACGCCCUGCGCUACCUGAGCCGACGCCUGCGGCAGCCGCCGCCCUUCCGCUACCUGCACAACCUCUACGACCUGAAGCUGCAGGGGCAGCAGCCGUACGGGAUGCGCGUGGUCCCACAGCGCUUCUUCCAGGGCCUCAGUGCCCUGCGCUGGCUCUACCUGUCACGGAACUCGCUCUCGGCCAUCCCCGCCGACGCCUUCGACGACCUGGCACGGCUGCGGUACCUGACGCUGGCCGACAGCAGCAGCGGCAUGGGCUACCUGCCCGCCGGCGUCUUCAAGAACCUGAGCCAGCUGCACAGCCUGAACCUGGAGAACACGGGACUGCGCGGCCUCGGCCCCGAGGUCUUCGGCAACCUGACGCACCUGAGGGAGCUGCGCCUGGCCAAGAACGAGCUGCGCACGCUGGAUACGGCUCUGACCACGCGCCUCCCCGCCCUGCGCUACCUGGACCUGCGCAAGUGCCCGCUGAGCUGCAGCUGUGCCAACGCCUGGCUGCCCGCCUGGCUGGCGCGCGGGCCCGUGCAGGUGGUCUACCUGUACAACUACACGUGUGGUGAGAGGGGCGGCGCCUCCACGUACCUGCACUGCUUCGACACGCACGUGUGCUACCUGGACAUGGGGCGGUACCUGUUUGCAGGGACGGCGCCGGCCGUGCUGCUGCUGCUGGUGCUGCCGCUGCUGCACCACCGCGCCUACUGGCGGCUGCGCUACCAGCUGUUCCUGCUGCGCGCGUGGGCACGCGGGCGCUGGCGGCGGGAGCAGCGGCGCUACGCCUACGACACCUUCGUGUCCUACAACUCCGGGGACGAGCGCUGGGUGCUGGAGGAGCUGGUGCCCGAGCUGGAGCGCGGAGCCCUGCGGCUCUGCCUGCACCACCGCGACUUCCGCCCCGGCCGCGCCAUAGUGGACAACAUCGUGGACGCCGUGUACAACAGCCGGCGCACGGUGUGCGUGGUGAGCCGCGGCUACCUGCGCAGCGAGUGGUGCUCGCUGGAGAUCCAGAUGGCCAGCUACCGCCUCUUCGACGAGCUGCGCGACGUCCUCGUGCUCGUCUUCCUCGAGGACAUCCCCGAGGCCGAGCUCUCGGCCUUCCACCGCAUGCGCCGCGUGCUGCUGCGGCGCACGCACCUGCGCUGGCCCCCCGAGCCCCCCGCACAGCCCCUCUUCUGGGCAAAGCUCCGCUGCGCCCUGAGCGCGGGGCAGGAGGAGGAGGAGGAGGGCAGGGAGAGGGCGGGCAGGGAGGAAGGGUGCCCUGGCACGGCUGGGAGCCCCGGGGAAGCUCUCCCGCAGGAAGGAAGCUUUCCGCCCCAGAAUCGCCGUUUUUUAUCCGGGGAAGGCGUCCUGGGGAGUAGGGGUGAUGGCAGCGAGGAGGAAGAGGAGAAUGAGGGGAGGAAGACAGGGGGCAGGGAGGGAGGCUGCCCUGACAGGACUGGGAUCGCUGCGGAGGUUCCCCCUCAGAAGAGCAGUUUUCUGCCCCAAAACCACCAGCGUUUCUCUUGGAAAUGUGGAGAUGAAGAUAACGAGAAAGAGGAGGAGGAAGAGGAGGAGAAGGUGGGGGAGGAGGAGGAAGGUUGCUGGGAGAGAGAGCGGCUGCUGCAGAGCGACCUCACCCUGGCGUAAUGGGGAUCCCCAGGGACAUUCCAAUAAAAAAAUGUGGUUUUGUCCCAAAAUCCCUGGUUAUCCUCUGAGAAAUGUGCGGCUGGGACGGUGGUAAUGAGGGAAAAGGGGAAGGAGGAGGAGGAAAAGCGGGAAGCGAGACGGAGCUCAACGUUCAGGUGCAGCAAAUGCUUCAUAACUCAGUUCCUUUUCCCGGCACGUGGCAGCUGCAGCUCUUGCACAGCUGGGUCAUCCUGGUGUUAUAAAUGAGAAGCUUCACUAGGCCAAUAUUCAAGCAGCAAUCAAUGUAUUAAUUAAUAUGGUAAAGUAUGAGCAAUACAGCGCUGGGUACAGCGGGGGAAAUUUUCCCUCCAACUCCACACCGAUAGUUGAGGCUUGCAGGUAUUUAUAGGGGUAC